GAGCACCGUCUGCGCUUGAGCUUAACUGACAGUGAACGGGUCAGUGGGAGGGACAACAAUUGAUGCAGAAAAUUCACUUUCUCUUCUCACUUGCACAGGAAAAUGGCCGCAGCUAAUCCGGAUGAGCAUGGGGAUGUUAACAGCGAGGCAUCCCCUCAUGCGCUGUUGACUUUCUUGCAGUCGCAGUCUCAAAACACGUUGUCGCGACUGUACCAAAAACCUUCUUCCUGUCUCUCCAUAUUUCGAUUGUUGGGACCUCUCGACCGACAAUUGGUGAUGAAUCUGCUAUGGCUUGACUCGGCUAUACCCGCUUCCACCAUGAAUGCAUGGGUCACCCGAGAGGGCCGGAAACCGUAUGAAGCUUCACUAGGUAUUCUCUCUAGACUUCACAUACUGCCUAGUUCUCCCGUGAAAUUGGCCCUGAAUCCAACAUUUAAGACCAGUCUGCGUCAAGCCAUCACUGGCGGUGGCACAAGUGGCAGCUUCGGCGUACCUGCUGGGAACGAUGACAAGCAUACCACACCGUCGGUUGAAAAACUAGACGCCUACGCGUUGGAACGUUGGGAGACAAUACUUCACUACAUGGUAUCCUCCGGAUCGGGCCGCUAUCCUGCUAAACCAUCGCAGGGUGUCCUUCUCCUACUUCAGCGAAGCGGACUCAUGACCAGUCCGCACGGUGCUGCAUUACAAAUUACAUCUUCGGGAUUCCAGUUUCUACUCUAUUCGCCGCACACUCAAUUAUGGGAAUUGCUUCUACAAUACCUUCACAUGGCUGAAGAGAGACAGAUGGACCUCGUUGAGGUGCUUAGUUUUCUAUUCAUGUUAUCAACGAUGGAGUUGGGUAGGGAAUAUUCUACCGAACACCUAAGCGGAACUCAAACGGCUAUGUUGGAAGACCUGCGGGACUACGGCAUCAUUUGGCAGAGAAAAGCGUCUUCUCGACGAUUCAAUCCCACUCGGCUGGCUACCACACUGACGUCGUCAGCGCCCCCGUUACCUACCACAAGCGGUUCCGGGGGUACCACUCAAUCGCAAGGCUUCAUUGUUCUCGAGACGAACUAUAGGAUAUAUGCAUAUACAGACAAUCCUCUGCAAAUUGCAAUAUUGAACCUGUUUAUCACACUGAAAUCUAGAUUUCCCAACCUCGUUGUCGGUGCGAUUACACGAGAAAGUGUUAAGAAGGCUCUGGCGAACGGAAUCACUGCAGAUCAGAUCAUAAGUUAUCUGACUACGCACGCCCACCCACAAAUGCGGAGAAAUAAACCCCUACUUCCGGUCACUGUUCAGGAUCAGAUUCGUCUUUGGGAACUCGAGAAGAACAGGGUCAAAUCACAAGAAGGUUACUUGUAUACGGCGUUUGCUUCUCAGGCUGAUUACGAAUAUGUAUUGGACUACGCCAAGAAGCUGGACGUCGUUCUCUGGGAAAGCGCAGCGCGACGGUGCUUCUUCGGUAGUUUGGAAGGACACGCUAACAUCCGAGGCUUCAUUGAGAGGCGAACCGCCGGCAACGUCUAAUCUCUGCCUUACCCUUGCGCUCUUACAGUCAUCUGCCACUAUCCCCGGAAUGCCUCGCCAUGAAGUACUCGAACAAUGUGGAUCGCCGCUAUCGUUCAGCGAUUACAGAUACAGUCCUAAAAGCUAGCUAAAGCCGGUUCCGUCGAAUCAAUAGUAUCCUCGGUGAAUAAAAAAGAUAUGGACACAGUUCAUUAUAAUGUAAGUAUAGACUAGGGGAGAUAAACCAAACAGUGUUUAGUGUCUCACGCAAUUUCCGUACCCUCUCGCUUCGGCAUCUCUGGAAGGACCCAUUUGGAAUGCUGACGUUUGUGCGACUGAUUGGUGAUACCCAGAGAGUCCUUGCAUCGAAGCUGAAACCCGGUAUUGGGUUGGCGUCGAGCUGUGAUGGUCCAGCAACCACGUGGAUGGACCCGAACGAGUGCGCAUGUGCUCUCGCCUCCGUAUCGUGGGCAGACCUAGGUUGUGGGACGUAGAUGACGGCAGAGACGACACAGUGGUGGGAGGCUGCCCAUGAACGGCACCCAUGGCCGCGUCUAAUGUGUGCGUACUGAGGGCAUGCCCGGCGUUCAGACUUGAAUAUCCCUCAACGUGGGGCGGAAUCGAUGUCUGCUGAUCCCAACUGCUUUGCUGAUGCACGGCAGUCGGGUGAAAGUACGCGUGGUUCGCUUCCGGGGAAUACGACAGACUCAUCGGGGAUGAUGUCUCGGUUGGAGAGUCGUACAGAUAUUGUGAUGACUGCCAUUCCGUGGUAGCCGGCUGGGAUGGUAACUGGUGCGACGAAAGGGGAGGAGUGUAGUAAGCGUGCAUCGCGUGCGAAUUCAUGGCUGCAGAUGUUGGUGGAACGGGUUCCGAUCGACUGUGCUGGACGGCCGGCGCAUAGGAGGUACCGUAGUGUCGUGAACCUAUGGGAGAUGAACUGUAUA